CCACUGGGGGCAGCCGGCGGGGGGGGGGGGGGGGGUGUGCAGACUAUUUUGCCCUCAGCUUGCCCCCAAGCUCCCUCAUCACUGGCACCUCAUUUUUGACCAGGACGGAGGCCUGUUUCCCUCUGAGAGGUGGGAGGAAGGUUGGAGGGAAGGUCUUCUUUUGCCUCUCCUUUUGGAGGGGGGCACCCUUAUCUGUGGGCCUGUGUUGGGAAUAACUGCUCCCGAACUCCCACGGGGGUGGUGGGCUUUGGGGGUUGUCCAGACUCUGCCUAGUGAUGCUGACCUUGCCCGCAGAGGAGCACAGGGGGACAGACGGUGAAGUCUGGCUCAUUUCUGCUGGGGAGGCAGCAUUUAUAUGUUAACUGCUUAACUUUGGCAUCAGGUGGAGUUUGAACACUGGCUCAGCCAUUCAGUGGCUGUGUGGCCUUGGGGAGGUUGCCUCCCCUUUCAUUGUGAGGAUCACGUGAAAUCUCACUGGGGGCUGUGAGUCUUCGCUACUGCUCUCUGUGACCAACUCCUCAUACAAGGCCGCACCUGGUGCUGCCCCGGCGGGUCCCACCCAUUACGUCCCACACAACUCAGGUGCUGUGCACCUCUCUGUUGGUCAAUGGCCAGAGCCACAGGGCACUCUUAUUGCACCUGGACUUGCUGCCGUGGGAACGGGCUGUUGUUUGUGCAAACGCCUCGAUAACUUUGAAACUCGACCUCGAACGGGUACCGGGCCCUUUCUGACUUUCACCUGUUGAUUCUGCCCCUUUCCUGUCAGGAGCUGACUGGGCCGUCAGUCUUUAGCGGUUAGAGCAGACAGCACUGACAGUUGACCUGCAGAAACCUCAACCCAUUGAAGGCCUUGUCCCCUUCUCAGCCCCGAUGCCUGCCUCUUCCUCAUCCACUUUCCCCUGGCAACCCUUGGAAGCCCUCCUCAAGCCUCCUCUCCCUGCUGCCAAAAAGGAAACAUCUUAUUAACCUGUUUCCAAUACACUUAUAGGCACGUGGGCCCUUAACCGUAUGUCUGGUCUUAAGACUUCAAAGGGGCCUUGAAAGCCACCUCUCGAGUUUGGUGUAAAAAUGAGUCAGGAUUUAAUUUCCCCGAAAAAUUGCACAGCCUUAAAAAUUAGCAGAAUAAAUGUAAAUGGCAAAAUGAGGGCUUGAUCCUUGUCGCCGCCCCCCCCCCCCCCCACACACACCCAAGUUUGUACUUUAAAAUGGGGAACAAACUCAUAUAAGUGCUCUUUGGGCUUAAUCUCAGCAUGAUGGAAGCAAGGUCUAGGAGAGGAAUGGAAUCUUUUCAAAUCCCCAUUAACUUGGAGGGGGAAGGGGCUUUGUAAUCAGGGCAUUUCACUAAUGAAAACUCUCUCCCAGAAGCACAUCUUGUUUGGCCAAAUUUUUUCCUCCUCACAAUAGCAAAUCAUAACUUGAAGAGGGAGUAAAAAUGUCCUAUCGCUCAAGGCAAGCCCGAACUGGAUGUUUUCACUCCAGCUUUGUCCUAAGGAUGCUGACCAAACAUGGUGGGAGGAAUCUCUUAAACAAAGGGAUCCUUUUUGCUUUGUGAUAAGUCUUUUGUCUGGGUCCCUGAGCCCACAGGGGACCAACUCACAUGCAAGGAAUUUAGGGUGGCCCACCCCACGCCCCUUCUCUCUCCCUCAAGAACUCUCCAAAGCAGGCAGGCAGGAGAUAGGGGAUUUAUGAGCCUGGCCUGUGGCUCACACCCAAGGGUGUUACGUGUUUCAGACUUGCUUAUCUCCCCAAGGACAAAGCUCAAAGAUGAAAGAGUCUUGGAGCCUUGUACUGACCACAUGACUCCCUCUGCCAUAACCACCGCCUUCCCAAGACAUCAGGAUGCCUCUCCCAGUCGCCACUGACGUUCUUAGCGCAAAGCUGAUGCUGAACGCUGGUAGGGUGGUCCCUGAGAAAGAGGAAAUCUUGGAGGCAGCGCCACGCCCCGGAAAUGCCAGCCUCUGGCAUUGGGCGUUGUGGCAGCAGAGUAUCCUGGUGUGUGAGAAACACUCAGAAAGCAGUGGGUCAGGUGCUGCAGGUUCAAGUCCAGACCCCAAUCCCAGGUCUGCGGCUUACUGGCUCAGACACCAGCUGUCUCUUAAUCUCCCCAAAUAUCCCAAACUUCUUUAUAGUCCUCAUUUUACAGCGGGGAAAACUGAGGCACAGAGAGCAGUCUAGAUAGCCUUACCAUUUCUUGCCCUGCAGACUGGGAGACCCAAUCUGGAACAUUCUUCCUCUACUCUUUACCUGGCCAAUUCACAUUCAUAGUUCAGAUCUCAAAGGGCACCUCCUCCAAGAAGCCUCUGUGUCUCAGUGCCCUCAUCCGUACAAUGGGAAAGUAGAAAACUUCCUUUCUAAGAUUAACCUCCAGAAAGAUCUCCCAGUACAACCAUCCUCCAACUGACUGGCCAAAUCCUUCCCCACCCAGAGCUGCUGGAAGAGGAGCUGCCUGAGUGUGUUGGGGAGACUCGGCUCCCCCAGGCAAAGUGAAAGGGGUACCUCAAUGAGGGGAAAGGGGCUCAUGGGGAAUUUGUUAAGCAUGGUGGUUCAAAGCUUGGCCAGCAGGUUGAAAUCUCACCCUGCCCUGACCUCUAGCAGAUCACUUACUCUCAAAGAACUCACAGCCUCUGUUUUCUCUCCAGUGAAAUGGGGUAAUAGAACCUACCCCAUACAGUGUUCUGAGGCAGGCAGGGUGGCUCGCACCCUGAGGGUUAGCUGACAAAAUGAAUGUAAAGAACAUAUUAGUGUCUAGUACAUGAUAAGAAUUCAUAAAAUUACUACUGGUGAAAGGUGUUCAAGAGGGUUCUUCUGCGCAGAGGGGUUAAAUCCAGGAGGGGCUACUUUAAGGACACAAGUAAGUACAAAUAGGAGAGGCCCUUGGCCUGGGGACAGAGCCCAGCACUGGAAAGUGGGUUGGGAGUCAUCAGUGGGAGUGGAUGGCAUGGCCAAUGGCAGCACUAGGAGCAGAGGGGGUCUUUGGUGGCCUGGGAUAGUGGUCAGAAGGGUGAGAGGAGAACUAUGUGAGUCAGGUGCACCCGGGAGGGCCCCAGCUCUCCUCCCAGCCUCCCCUGGUUUCCAGGCUUCAGUGACCCUUCUCCCUUAGCAGAGUCCUAGGCCAGAGGCCGGUCUGGGGCUGCCCCCACACCUUCCCAGAGGUUACUGGAUGGGUUUGAAUGAGUAAACCUAGAGAAAAUAAAGUGUAAUAAGUAACACUAAUCCUAGGCACCAAGUCUUAGAUUAUCCCCCUUUUUUACAGGGGCAUUUCCCAGGGCUCAGAGAGGUUAUGUGACCUGUGCAACACCACACAGCUAGUAAUGGUCAAGGCUGUGAUAAAACCCAGAAAGCCUGAAUCUAGGAAGGAGGCCAUGACGCUGUGCUGUGCAUGCAAGGGCCUGGCUAGCAGGUGGGCACUGUCUUUGUGGGCGAACGGCUGUCCUUGAAUCCGUUGGAAGGAAGUACUUUAGAGUCUCCUUUAUACCCUUCCACCCCCCACUACCCUCUAGGGGGUGACUGUCCACCCGCUGCACAGCCCCUGUCUUGCCAUCCGCCAGAGCCUGUUGUCAAGAAUAGCCGUUCUGACCGUCGUCACUGCAGUGACCGCCAGGGGUCGCCUCGGACGCGCGAACUGCGGCUGGGGAGACAACCCCGUGGUCUGGAAGGCACCGGGUCUAGGAAGCCAGGAAGGGGCACACCCACCUCUGCCCCCACCCCCACCCCGCAAUUCCUCUGACUUUCCUCCCUCUGUCCUUCCCGCGCACGCCGCAGGGCAACAGAACCAAUGUGAAGUCUGCCUAUUCCUCCUUUCCUUGAGCACUUUUUCGAGCACCAACUGUAUACCAGACAGUACCCCUAGAGGUGCUCUGGAGGUAACAGAUGCAGGGCUGAGCAGGACAGGACACAGAAAGCACGAGCUCCGUGAGGGAGGGACAUUUUGUCAGCUUUGUUCACUUGCAGCUUCUGGCACACAGAAACGCCUUCAGUACUGAAAGCGCGGUUGGUGUUUGCGGGCCUGUUCAGACACCUUUGAUUAAAAAGGUGAUUGCACAAUUAACUGAUGACUGUUGUGAGCGCUCCAGAGGAGAUAUGCCAGGCCCAGGCUGUCCUACUGAACCAGCUGGCUCUUAAUCUUCCCAAAUGCCACAAACUUCUUCAUUGCCCUCGAUUUACCCCUGGGAAGACUGAGGGACAGAGGACAGUCUAGACAGCCGUACCCUUUCUUACUUUGGGGGAGUCCCAGCCUGCAACAUUCUGCCCCUACUCUUUGGUUACCUCGUGUUCACGGUUCAGGUCUCCAGCAAAGGGCACCUCCUCCAGGAAGCCUUCCCUGAUCAUCUUCCCAACUCCCUGCUCCCCUGGUUAUGAGUCUGUCUCCCCUGCUGACUGCGAAACCCUGAGGACGGGAAGCAAGUGGACUCUGUUCCUCCUCAUCUACCUUUAGUACCUGGCUCUGCCUGGCAACAGGGUCAAGAGCAAAUGAAUGUUGGUUGAAUGAAUAAAUGAGAGCAUACUGAGCAGAGUGGAAAGGUGAGUGGCCCUGGGGCAUUAUGGGUAACAUCCUUCUCACCGGUACUCAUGUCUGCAGCACGCUGGUAGGAGAGGCAGAGCGUGUGAGGAUCCUGGAGGCUGACUUUAUGGUGCUGCGGGGCGACUGGUGGGUCCUCCUCUGCCUGUGCCCCGCUCCCUGUGCCUCUCACAUGAUGCUGUCACAUUCUAUGGCAGAAUUUUGUGUCUGUCUCAAAUGGGUGUGGGUUUUGGAGUCAAUUCAUUUGGAGUGCAACCAGAUGAACGUUGCUGAGCCUCAGUUUCCUCAUCUGCAAAAGUGAUGGAAGAGAGCCUGCCAGGAAGUCACUGUGAGGAUUCCAGUGAGUGGGAUCACUCGGUAACGCCUCCAGCCCACCGCCCGGCACAGAGUAGGCGCCGGCACACCCCAGCGGUGCACCCUAGGGCUGGCACGUUGUUUCUGCAGGCCUCCCCCCCCAUCUGGAAAGGAGGUUAAUGAGAGCCCCAGCAACUGAAGAACAUGGUUUAAGGCAGACCGAACUCAGCCCAGCAGCUGGCACCUGGCAGGUACUUGUGAAACAAGUACCUUGUUAAACAGCAGGUGACAUUCAUGGAGCGCUUCCUCCAGGCAGGCACCGUCCCAAGUUCUUACACCCCGGUCUACUGUUAUUCUCUUAAUACUAAAAGUAAUUCCCGGUGUCAUUCCGAUGUUCAAAUGAUGCCAGGAAGCUAUCAAGUGUCAGAGCUGUGCCUGAGGAGCUGGGGUCCAGAGUUUCCAUGGCAACCCCCCAGCCAAAUGUCCAGAGCUUCCCGAGGGUGGACACUGGGCCUUCUUUGGACCUCCUUGGGUGCCUGUGCAUAGUAGGUGUGCUGAAUAGAAUAGAGGCUAUGGUACCCCGUGCAGCUCCCGGGGACCCUCUGGGUAUAAGGGGGAAAGAGUCCCUCUGGGGUAGAAUACAGCCUCCUGCCAGGCACCCUGGGUAGGUUGUGGCCAGCCUCUGCUCCCUUUCCCAGCCUGGUCUGUCCUAUUGCCGGUGAGUGGCCCUAGUCCCCCUCCCCUGACGUGGCCCAGCCCCUCCUCUCCAGCCUUGGCAACCCAGCCCUCAUUGGCUGCACGUAUCCUUGGAGAUGGACACCAGCAGAGCAAACACAGGCCCAAGAAGGGGUAAGGGGCAGAAUGGUUCCUCCCUUUCCUCUCCUUCCCCCUCACUGCCAUGAGGGAUCUGUGCACCACCCAGAACCAAGCCUGCUGGCAAGAGUGCAUCCGGAAGGAGGCCGCGGCCCGGGUCGCCUGGAAGAUCCACUAUGGCCACAAGUACCUAAAGGGGGGACCCACGCCCAGGAAGCGGGUCCAGCGGGCCCCCUUCGGCUCAGCCUUGGCUGCCACCAGCUCCCCUGAGAGCAAGGAGGUACAGGUCGGGUGGCCAGAGUCCAAGGGGGGCAGGGAUCAGCUGUCUGGGGGAGGGGGUGUCCAGGGCCCGUCGCCCAAGGGAAACAAAGUCUGGGAGGCCCAAAGAGCAACUCAAGGGCCGUCAGUCCAGCCCAAGCCAGAGGGCUUAGAAAUGAGGCAGGUUCCCCCCAGCACCCUACAGUUGUUCUUCCAAGGCCUCUCUCACGACGGCCAAGGCCGGGCCUUGUACCUCCGGGAGCGGCAUCGCCAGAAGCCUGAGGAGAAGUUUCUGUACCCGAUCCUGUCAUCCUGGGAGUACGGCUGGCACGUGGGGGACACAGGUGCCAUGAAGGACACAAGGGCUCCGACUUAUGCCAGGCGCCAGCCCAUCACAAAGACCUUUUACAUCAAAAGCGGCGUCUUCCAUUUUCCACGGCGAACAGACCAGCUAAUGUAAACUCACUGGGGGUUCAGAAGCUGCUCCUGCCUCUUCCUAUCGUCUGCGUGGACCCUGCCGAGCAGAGAUGCCGCCAGCUCCAGCUCCUCUGUUGUGUCCAGCCCUGUCUCCUGUCUACCCUGGGCACCCCUCCGGGAUUCAGCGUGGCCCACCUGCUGCCUCUUGUAUGUCCUCAGAGAAUCAGCUCCUUGCAGAGCCCCCAAACCCUCCAUCACCAGCAACGUGUAGGGUGCUAGCUGCUCUCCUGGGGGAAACAGUGGGGUCUCCCACGUGCUCCAGCAGCAGCGUGGUGGGGGUG